AUGUCGGCUAAGGAAUUAGGGGAUAUAUUGGCAAAGUAUGUGACUGCUAGGGGCCUACAGGGAAAUGAUGACGGAUAUCAGGCAAGUCUAAAGAAGGACAUAGGAGCCAGGCUCGAGGAGUUUAUUCAACAUAUGGAGAAGAUGGAGCCAAAUAUGGACGCCUUGGGUUCAAACUGUAAUAAUUAUGGUUGGCAACAUUGGGCAGAUCAGGCUGCCUCGCCGAGGGUGGGUCACAAUGAAGGUGACAGGAUUCCGUGCAAAUUUAUGACAAUUGCUUUAUAUUUCCUGAAAAGAUGGAGUCACAAUGCAGGACUCCAUGAUGACGAAAAGACGAAUGAUAUGAAGUUAAAAGGUUACAUGAGAUGUGCAGUAGUGCAUAUGUUCACGGAAAUAUUGUUUGAAUACGUGUGUAGAAGGAAAUGGGGUACAUUUUAUGCAUGGUACUCGGUGCAUGGAAUGAUGCAGGACGGAGGAAUAAAGACGUCAGCCGCUGCGACAGAAUGCGCGAUGGACCGACUGAUGGAUAUAACGCGCGGCACUUGGAGUAUGAGUGAGGAGAUUAAAGAAGGGUUAAGGAACAAUGCCACACUAAAAAGUAUGCUAAGAAGGAACAAAAUGGAGAACGCGUGUCAGAAAAAGAUAAAGCCGGAGCAGACCAAGGACAAUAGACCGCUGGAUUCGAACAGGCAGACUGACAAGGCCAGCGGGAAAAUAAGGGUGGAGGAGAGAUUGAACACAGGAUUGAAAACUGUUCUAAAGAAAGUUCAAAAGGAAAUAUCCAGGAAGGGAGGAACCGAUCCGGAUGAGACGGAUUCCGAUGAAGAGGACACCAUGAGUGACAAUGAAGAAGCGGAUGAGCAGAACACGGAAAUUGCGGGCGGUAAGUACACGAAUAGCAACAAUAGGCAUAUGAAUACCCAUACACCCGGUACAAAUAGCGCUCAACCACCAAAACCAGCACUCGCGGACACCGGCGGCGGCAGGUCACAGUCCGAAUCAACACCGACAGGAUCGGCGCAGCAACCACAGGCACCGGCAUCCCCAGUAUUACCAGCAAGACCACCACCACCUCCUCCACCAAGUACACCAUCAACACCAUCAGAACCCACAGGAGCCACACGUGCUGCAGCACCAAAUGGAGCCGGGCAACAGCCUACGCCGGUACCCACAGAAAGUAACGGUAAGGAAACGGCGUGCCCCAAAGACGUUCAGGAAGAAAGCUUGGGGGCUGGAAGAGUUAGUAUUGCAUUUGAACCUGGACCUGAAUGUAAAGGACCUGCAGGCGUAAACACCACACCUACAAAGGAUUCACAAAAACCAGCACCAGAACCACCGGCACCACCACCGAAGGCAGCACAACCAGAACCAGCAACAUCCUCCAGUGGAGCCGCAGCGGCAUCCCCUGGUCUAGUUGGUCCACCAGGUGAAAAAGGUGCAACCGGUGACGAAGGUAAACCCGAGGGUGGAGGUGCCAAUGCCGUCGUCGAUGGCGGCAACGAUGACCCCCCUCCGCUCAAUCCACCCAAACCAGAAACCACGAACCCGAACCCAGAUCAAUCGGGUAGCAGCGGAUCCGCUGACGGCGGCACUGGCAAUGAUCAAACUGCUGUUUCCUCCGGAGGUAGUGCCCCAAGUCCGCCUGCGGCAGCUGGAGGGGGCGGGACGUCCUCUACAUCGGGUUCCUCCACUAUAAAUAGACAUGAUACGCCGCGAUUGGACUUAAAUUUUGGCAGAUAUACAGUAGGUGUAGGUGGAUCCUAUGGACCAUAUGGGAAACCUGUUACACCCGUGGGGAAAUCAACUAAUGCGUUUGAUGAUACUAUCCCCCCCAUCUUUACUGCAACGGAUAUUUUCCUUUCUACUCCUGUUCUUAUCUUCUUUGCAUUUGUCACUUCUCUUAUCCUGCUCUUUUUUCUUGGCAAGUCUUUUGCCUACCUCGCCAAACGACGACGCACAUAUCGAACCGUUCGUGACGUGCCGUCACCGCCACUCGACGAAGAAAUAUUGGACCAUCUACAACGCGGCGAACUACCGCCACCCGAUUACGGGUACACCAUAGUUAGGGAUAGGCAACCUGCGUCAACAUCCGGUAGAGGCCGCCCACCGUGCGUGCAUAAGUGCACCAUCAUCGAGCUACAUCUAGAAGUGCUCAACGAAUGUGAAGCGGCCGAAUGGGAAAACGUCAAAGACGACUAUUUGCAAAUACUCGUGGACGAGUUUGCGCCCGACUUGCAGCAGGACGCAAACGGGCAUAGUAGGUCCUUGGAUUCUCCUAGCACACACCAGGAUUUAUCAGGAAACAAUGUUUCCUCCAUGCUCGAUCCACCCACUGACAUCGACGCAACAAAUCGAUUACCACCGAAUGAACACGACCACGAUCCAUGGAAGUGUAUGGAAACCAUACAGUUAGAACAGGACACUUCUCCACCUAACGAAGAGCACCGAUGGAGUUGUAUGGAAUCCAUACAGUUACCAACGGACACUUUUCCACCUAAUGACUGCGAUCCAUGGAGUUGUAUGGAAACCAUACCAUUACAAACGGACCCUUGCCCACCUAAUGAAGAUGACUCCGAUGCAUGGAAGUGUAUGGAAACCAUAUAA